CCUCUCACCAGCCCUGCUCCUGCCCAAACUCUCCUCUGAGCCCUGGCUCUCCCCAGCUGUAUUCCUUUAUUACUCCCCAGCUGCCUCUCAUUUUCCUUUAUGACCCAACUGUUCUUUUUGGGGGGGUUUCUAUACAAAGUAUCAGCUUUGCCAAAGUUGCUUGCUGCAUGCUUGGUCCCAUCUCUCUGUGAUCUCUCUCAUUCACGCUGGGUUUUAAAUGUAUUGCAAAUAUUAGGUCAUCUCUGACAAUCUACAUUCUUUACCCAACGUUCUACUCUACGUGGUAGGGCCACCAACCCUCCAUGACUGCUGAUACCUCCAGGUCCUUCACCUAGCCUGGUUUGGAUAGUGUCCCAUCUCUGCCCUCUGUCUCACUCCUACUACCACCCAAGUACCUGGUAUCUCUGAACCCAUCUAUUGUAUACCAAGACCAAAGGAACUACAAGAUCAGACCUUCCUGACUGGCUCCAGGUAACUACAUGUGUUAUAUAUGUGUAGAUUAUAGCCCUCAUUUCAUCAAAUACAGAUUACAGCAUUACAGUAAAUACGAGUAGAUAUAGAUUUUUUUUUUUUAUCAUAUAUAUUUUUAUUUAUAAUUCUAUUUCUUUAUAAAAAAAAUUUUACACGUUGAUUUCAUGUUCUCUAACAUGUUUGCGUUUUACAAAAACAGUCCACAAAGUUAAUAGAAAAUGUGUAUUUAGAGUCAAUUCUGAUGAGGGGAAAAAAAUAACUUUUUUUUUUCUACUUUCAACCCUUUGUAAAGAUUCAAGUGAUAUGGUCAUUUGAAAUCUUUUUCCUCAUAUAUCUUGCUGAGUAAGAGACGUUGUGAACAGAUUUUCAUCCUAUACAAAGAACAAUAUAUUGCUUGUGAAGUUCAGUGUGUAAUUAGUCAGGCUAACUAUAAAAAAAAAAAAAAAAGGUUUGUUACAUUUUUGAAACGCAUAUACUUCACACUAGACAGUUCGGUUUAUGUGCAAAUAAUAAUUAUGGCGCAGUUAUUGAAAGUGCAGCAAUCACUAUGGAAACCAAUGGAAUGUCCCUGCUGAUUGCUCGUUUUUUGACCCUUGCUUCAGAAUUGCUGUCCAUAAAUGACUCCUAUGUUUUGUAGCAUACGGAUGGAUCAAUUAUGGGUAAACGUUGUAAAAGUUAAGGGACCACCAAGAACAUUCGACUGGUUUCCAUGGUGAUUACUGGACUUUUAGAACUUUAUGCAUAGCCCACGGUGCGUUUGCUUAGAUCUGCCCCUGUGCAGGUGUUUUAGGUCUAUCGAGAUAUAUUAUAUUUGUUAGAAUGGACAAAAAGACUCUUGAAAGGUUUAUUUACUAAACAGCAAAGUACACUGAAUUGUAAACCGAAUUGCAAAAUGUAAUUUAAAAUAUUAAAUUAAAAUAACCAAGCUGUGAGUGACUGCUGAUCUGAAGAUUAUUUUCAAUUAUUUUGAUGAUUAAGAUUAUUUUUUUGCCUACGAUUUUAAGUUUGGUUUUCAAUUCACUAAUUGGGUGCUUAGUAAAUAAGCUUUCAUAUCGCUUUAUAUGUUUUUAUUUUGCAUAAAGUAAUACAUUUAUUGAUUUGUAUGUCUGCCACAAUAUAUUACACCUACAUAGAGAGAACUGUAGUAAGCAACAUAAAGGUGGGCAUAGGUCCCCCCAGAAGAAAUACCAUUCUGUGAAUAAUGGACACUUAUUUGCAAUUAGAUAGGCGGGCUCAUUAGAACAUCUUCUUGAUUGUUUGAUAUCUGGAUAAUAAUAUAAUUUCUGAUUGAUGCUAUGGCAACUGACCAUAUGUCUUAAUAUGAUUUAUAGGGAGAAAUCCGGUGAAAUGUUUUAUUUCCAUUGCCCACCGCAGCUGGAAGGUGAGUCCAUGCCUCUCUAACUCCAUGUUUAUAGACUGAAUCAUGUCAUAAAAGGCUAAUAUCCCGUGAAGCAGCAUUAAGGAUAAUCUGCUAUGAAUGUCAUCAUAUUUUAAACACGACUAACUCAGAGAGCUGUAUAUUACUAAAUAUUGUAACAAGAUAAGGCCCAUAGAACUGCACUCACUUUAAUCUGCGGUGCAUAAAACUGCACUCACAUUAAUUUGUUCUAAAUUAUGAAUAAACGACAGACCUGCACUCACUUUAAUCUGCUGUAAAUUAGUAAUAACCAAUAGAACUUUAAUCUGCUACACAUAAGGAAUAACUCACCGAGCUGCACUCAUAUUAACCUGAUGCAUAUACGACUAACCCAUGGUGCUGCAUUCACUUUAAUCUAAAUCCACAGAGCACUCACUCAUUUCUGCUGUACAUUGUGAGUAAUCCACUGAGCACUCACUGAUAUCCGCUGUACAAUAUGAGUAAUCCACUGAGCACUCACUCAUAUCCGCUGUACAUUAUGAGUAAUCCACUGAGCACUCACUCAUAUCUGCUGUACAUUGUGAGUAAUCCACUGAGCACUCACUGAUAUCCGCUGUACAAUAUGAGUAAUCCACUGAGCACUCACUGAUAUCCGCUGUACAAUAUGAGUAAUCCACUGAGCACUCACUGAUAUCCGCUGUACAAUAUGAGUAAUCCACUGAGCACUCACUGAUAUCUGCUGUACAUUAUGAGUAAUCCACUGAGCACUCACUCAUAUCUGCUGUACAUUAUGAGUAAUCCACUGAGCACUCACUCAUAUCUUCGGUACAUUAUGAGUAAUCCACUGAGCACUCACUCAUAUCUGCUGUACAUUAUGAGUAAUCCACUGAGCACUCACUCAUAUCUUCGGUACAUUAUGAGUAAUCCACUGAGCACUCACUCAUAUCUUCGGUACAUUAUGAGUAAUCCACUGAGCCGAAUUCAAUUUAAUCUGCUAUAAAUUAAGGAUAAACAACAGAAUUUCCCCUAAUAUAAUCUGAUGUAAAUUAUGAAUAUCCCAUAGACCUGCACUCACUUUAAUCUGAUGUAAACAAUAUAUGUAGCGCUGCACUCGUUUAAUGAAGUGUUCUUUUUUUUAAAUCUUUUAUAACUUUCACACGCUCAUUUCCUGGGAAACGUUUUUUGAUUUUUUUUUAAGUACUCCAGUUUAAAUUUCGAUCUCCAUCCCCUCUCUCUCAUGCAAGGAUCACUAAUGUUGCAUAAAAUAUGAAGUAGGGCUUUAGAAAGUCUUCCAUUCGUUUCUGUAAAAGGCUGGGGGUGUAAAUUGGAUUUUUGUAAGGGAAAGUCUGCCUUUCCCACCUGCUCACCAGUGCCUGGGGCACAGGCUCCAGAUCUGACUACACAGAUGUUCACUGUCCAAAAAAAGAAAACCCCUUGUGUCAGACCUACCCCAGCUCUAGCACCCUGUCUCCAUUACAUUAAUCUUUCAUGUUGUUUUACCAACAUAAUGUGUGAACAUCAAAGAGCUUCUAACCUCCACAGUGCCUGGGGGGCAAGGGGGAUCAACAGCCCAACUCAAGCAACCACUAAGGGGUUAAAAGUAAUCACAAAUGCCAGCCACCAAUCUCAUGCCCCAGGUGCAAUCACAAGCCCAAGUGAACCCAGUUGCUAAUUAAUAAAUACAAUCAAUUAUCGCCUUUAAUUAAACACUAAAUCUUUGUUUUUUUCUAUCAUUUUUUUUUAUUUGAUCUUUUUACAAACUCAGUUUGUGGACACGUUUCGCCCCCAGGCAGACACAUUUAUCUUUCUCCAUUUGAAAGGUAUCAGGGUUUGUUUUGGCUAAUUUAUUCAACCAUACAAUUUCCUGCACUUGUGAUCAUGUCAUAAUUGGGAUUUGGUUCCACUUUUUUUUUUUUUUAAAUGAACAUAAUGCUAUGUGGCUAUCUUGUUGAAUGGUACGAUUGAUAUCCAUUUCAUACUUCAUUAAUUAUAUAUGUGUGUUUGUUGAUUUAGCUCUAUAUACACAUACACACACAUAUAUAAUUAAGAGGAUUUUCUAACAUAUACCAAUUGCUGCCAUAACUUAAUAACUGUUAAGUAUAAUGCACACACAUUUGUGUAUUUUAUAUAUAAUUAUUACUGGCUCACACGAAUAGCCAUAAAUAGUUUAUAACUAUAUAUACAGUACACUCAUAUAUCUAGUCUUUAUUAUUUUUCUAUUUUAUUGCAUUUUUUUAGACAUGAUCGUACAAAAAUAUUAAUUUCUCCUUAAAAAAAAAAAAAAACACACACACACACAUACACACACACACACACAUACAAACGUGUUUCGGUCGAAAUAUACCUUACAAGAUAAUUCAGGGUAACUUAAAAUUCUGACAGAUUCCCUCUGUAGACAAACUAACAACUAACAGGAUUUUAUAUCUAUUUAUAUCUAUCUAAAAUAAAUAAAUUUAAAAAAAAAAUUAUAUAUAUAUUUAUAUUAUUUAUAUAUAUAUAUAUAUAUAUAUAUAUAUAUAUAUAUAUACACACAGACUGAUUUAUAUAUAUAUAUAUAUAUAUAUAUAUAUAAUAGUUUUUUAUUACUUCUACCAGUUCUACCAUGUAUUAAUGAUUAUUCUUAAAGGGAUUAAAUUAUUUUAAUAACAUGUUUCAAACAGUUCAACAUAAUGAUUUGAUUUCCUUUGUAAAACUCAUUCUGCCUCCUUACCAAUCCAUACAAUGUCCUGGUAUGACCCCCCCAAUACCCUGCCUGGAUAGAUAGCAGUGAUUAAUAUCUGUAUAUUUAGAUAUACAUAAAAUCACCAAAAAUCAAACGAAUGCUGCUCGAUUGAAAAGCACGGACACUUUAAAACUCAAAGCUAGAUUAGUAACGAGUAUAAUUACUGAACUAAGAAAUUAAGAGCCAAUAAUAGAGGGUUUAUUUAUUAAACACUGUAGUUUAGUGAAAAUAAGGUCAAAUUGGAAAAAUACAGGAAAUAAUUGGCUAAACAGUGAAUUGUUAUGUAUUGUAAGCCGAAUUGCAAAAUUUAUCAAAAAUAGCUAAUUUAUUUUUUGGGGCAAAAAUGUCAUCUCAAAAUCAGCUACAAUAUCACAUAUUGGAUAUUUUAGCCUAAAUUGUGCAAUUUAGUUUUCGGUUCACCAGCAAUUCGCUGUUUAGUGAAUACAUGUUUCUUUUGUAUUUAAUUAAAACCAAUCGAAUUAUACAAUAUUUUAAAAUAAAUCCCACUUCUACAGGGGAAUUCUUAAUUUGCAACAACAGGCACCAAAUUCCCAGAUCUAACAAGCACUUUAAUUCACACUGAAUUCUUCCUUUAGUAUAUAAGCCUGUAUGUGCUUACAGUUACUUCUGAUAAUAACAAUAUAAUCGUCAGUGUUCGCAUUAUUAUAUAAUGUAAUUAGUAUGAUUUCACUUAAUGGACCUUUUAAACGAAAAGUCUCAACAUAAUAAUCUCAGCACAUUUAUUGCUCACAUACCGCAUCUCCUAGAAUUAAAUACAUCUGAUGUUCUAUAACAUGACUGAUAUUACAGCAAGUACCAAAAGAAAUAACUGAAUGAAUAGGAUUGCUUUUAUGAGGCUGUGAAUGUAUAUGGGAGCUAGUGAGAAACUAUAUAAUGUGGGGAAUGGUGGGCAAAGUUCUUCAAGCGGAGCUGUCUCCAUGGAAACCAAUUGAUGGCUACAUGUAGAACCUUGCCCACCGUUGUCCCUUUAAAUGACCCUCAAUGUCCUGUGCUGGCAUUUUUAAGCGUAGUGUGGCUGCUGAACGUCUUCUUGGAGGACCUCCAUGUGCCUACAUUAAGCUUCUCAUUUGGGGUGCACAAUAUGUUUGUAUUUUGUGACUAAUCCUCUUGGGGGGCUAAGUGCAAUAUAUUGGGGGGUUGUUUUUUUUGUGCCUAUGUAGAGGAGAAUAAACUAUGUCAUUAUCGUAAUUUUCUAGUAGUUCUGUUACUUAGAGUUUCCAGAGUCAGAGAUCAUUACAAGGGGGGUGUCUGAUGCUUGUUACUCUCUCAGUAGGGUCUGCUCCAUUUGGGGGUCACUCGGCAGCCGAGUUUGAUGAUGGCUUUCUUCGGAGGAAACAGAGAAGAAAUCGAACCACUUUCACACUGCAACAGGUACUUAGAACGGGUAGAGAAUGAUCUGGGAAAGAGACAACGCAUGGCAGGGCAGCUGUUGCUGUGGACUGCAACUCCCAUCAAUCUCUAAUGUGAUUACCAGCCACCAGCAGUUGUCAUGAGUUCAGGUUUGGUUUAUAUGGUAAUUUAGAACAAUCUGAAGAUUAGAAUUUGCCCUGUCAUUUUUUUUAGUUUAGCACACACACAAAUGAAGAGACUGUGUGUCAAUCCAAAAUCAUGCAAUGGAUGUCAGCAGUGAUAUAAGGAACAAUUUUUAAUCACAUUGUUUAGGAAAGUAGACAAAACCUCACAUUUAAAUCUAUAAGUCUAUAAAUAUAUGUUAUAUUUAUUUAUAUAUAUAUAUAUAUAAUGUUUGUGGACCCAGAACAUACUUGAAAACGAGAAACGUAUCAAUGUUCCCUUCCUGGUAAAUAAUAGAAAUAGAUAAAUAGUAAAAAAAAAUAAAAAUAAAGAUAUAUAUAUAUAUAUAUAUAUAUAUAUAUAUAUAUAUAUAUAUAUAUAUAUAUAUACACACACACACACACACAUAAAUAAACUAAUAGGUGCUCAAUGUAAAAAUGCAAUAUGACUGCUUUUUCACUUGACUGCAUUCUUAGAGAUCUUUGUACACAUCAUAUCCUUAGGGGAGUAUAACAGAUAUACAGCCAUCUUUGUACAUGGGGAAUCAGAUGAAAUAGGUUGAGCAGAUUUCGAGGAAUAAUCUAAUGAAUCUGAUAUCCUGUCUUCAUAACUUGUGUGUAUUUUCACUAAUAAAUCAGUUUAGGACUAAAAUAAUUUAGAGCCAGAUUUCAUUCCCCCCUCCUUCCUUACUUAUUGGAUUAGAUGAAAGAGGCCUUGCAUAUGGAAAGAAAAUAACCAUAUAUUAUUCAUAUUGGGUUGCAAAGAAUUAGACGACAUAGUAGCAACCAUUUUACUGAAGGCCUCUUAGAGGAGUGAGUGUGCCAUUUUGUCAAGUCUCCCAGCAAAAAAGACUCAUUAUAUUUACUAAACACUAAAUACCUGGAUUCUAAAGACAGUUUAACCCCUUAAGGACCAAACUUCUGGAAUAAAAGGGAAUCAUGACAUGUCACACAUGUCAUGUGUCCUUAAGGGGUUAAAUACAUUUUGUGACCAUCUGCAGAUUUUGAUUCGUUCCGAUAAACAAAGAAAAUGUCAAUAAAAUAACAACGGCAGCAAAAUCAUAUUUCUUAAUUCAUGAAAUUAUUAUAUUAUUGUCAUUAGAUUUAACGCUGCACAUUCUCACGAGGCCAAUCCAAGCUCAUGUGUGACAAAUAAAACUGUAUGUGCUAUGUAUCAUCAGAAUAUACAUUUAUAAUGCAUUCUUAUGCAAUAGCUACUGGUAGAUCUAAUGUAAUAUAAACAGCAAAGUAAAUAGAGGACUUUACGUAAAUAAAAUAUGACAAAAACAUGAUAAUGAUAGAAAAAAAAACACGCACUCUGAUCUCUGCCCUUCUUAAGGCCUUUAGGGUUGCAAACAAGCAUAUAUAAUUAAUGCAUUUACUACAAAGCUAGUUAUAGUGAGCUGACAACCUAACUUGCAAAAUUCUGGCCCGAAUAGCUAGGAUAAAAUCUCCCAUUGUAGUCAAUAUUGGGAUUUUGUUUUCCAAUUCUGCUUUUUGAGUCAAAAUGUCAUAGCCAGUUUAGCCAGAUGUCAACCCACUGAAACUUGCUGUUUUAAUAGACCCCCUAUUCUUUAAAGGCAUCAUUUCACUCAUUUCUUAUUGGCAUACACUGCUAGUAAUUGAAAUGGUUUCUAAUAACGGGUAUGUAGAAAUAAAAUAGCUAUUUUUGUCUCUGUACACACCGUUUUACCUUUAGCCAUCGUUUUACCUUUGUAAUUACUAUUGAAAGUAUGUUCAGAUAAUUGAAUGUUCUUCUCUAGAACACAAAGGAGCAAAGGCACAAGUUAAAAUUUAGUUUUACUUUUCUUAUAGUCUGUAUAUGGUGUGUCAUGCAAUUUUAAGAUUACUCGUUGAUCGAAAAAUAAAUGCACAUUUUUUGCUUUUUUACUUUUUUAUUUACACUAAUGCCGGAUAUUAUUUCUCGCAGUUAUUAUGUCAAACCUAUGCUCAAGAACAUAUGCAGUCACAAUUGUACUUAUUUCUUCUUGGAAUGUUGAUGGAUCUGCCCUAUAUUCUAAAACAGUUUAACUUUUUGCAUUACAUUAAACGUACAGAUUAAAAAAAAUAUAUAUAUAUAUAGUUUUUAUAAUGUAUCAACUGUAGAAGCAGUUCAAGCUUCAUGGUUGCAAGUUGUAUUCUUGGCAGGGCCAACACAACCUUUCUACUUCUGAGAUCAAUAAAAUGAGUAUUAUUGGCAUAGAAAAUAGUAAGAUCUAUUUAUCAGCUGCUCAUUCAGUUCUGGAGCGUGCUGCAAGCACUUUGAAUCCCAUUUAAGGGGAAAACCAUGCUGUAUUAGUAGAUUGUUAUUAUUAUAAGUAAACAGAAUGAAAUUGCCUUAUCCACAUUGUUACAAUUAUAAAUGAAGUGCAUCUAUCAAUCUCUCCGGCACUUGGGUCAAACAUAAUGUAAAAAUAAUGUUAUUGAAAAUAUAUCAACUAUGAAUUUGGCAGAAGUCCUAGAUUGCUAACAUAACCACAAUUGGAUAUUUGCCCAGUGUAAUGCAGCAACUUAUAAAACAUACCAGACAUACCAGCAUUGCAUUGAACAGUAUAUAUAUAUAUAUAUAUAUAUAUAUGUAGAGAUUGUAGCCGUAUUAGUCCAGUGAUGUAGAUGUAAACAACUGUUAAAAUCCGUAUCUUGUAAUACCUUUUUUUUUUUUUUUUUAAUGACAAGCUUUCGGGAGAACCUCCCUUUCACAAGUGUGAAGCAUUUCUGAGCAAGACAACACAUAGAAUCCAAAGUUGAGUUGUGAUACAGGGGUUAAAGCGACAUGAGUGUAGAUAAUACACAGGUUUGAUAGAAAAUAGACACCAUUUUUGCAGAGGGUCAUAAAUAUCUUUCUGAAGAGCAGAGUGAGGGGGGAGAGAGGGAGAAGAAAAACAAACAAGCAGACAGUGCAGAAGAUACAUACACACACACACACACGCAUAAACACAUGUACAUAUACAUAAACACAUAUACAUACAUGUACAUGAACUAAUAUACACAAAUAUAAAUGCACAGUCAUAUAUAUAUAUAAGCAUACAUGCAUAUGAGUAUGGGAAAUCAUAGGUCUACACAUAGUUACAUAGUUACAUAGCUGAAAAGUACUUUGUAUAUUGAUAGAAUACUAUAUAUAUAUUGCAAACAAUACUUAAAUGCGUUCAACAGACAAAUGAAAAAAGAAAAUAAUCAAAAAUAUAUUUAUGGAAAUUACAUUAACAAAACAUUUGUACACAUUACACAGUUUUAUAUUCUGUAAAAUACAUUUCCUUUUAGAUUUUGUAUCACUUAAUAAACAAUAAAUUAAAAAAUAAGAAAGGGAUAGUAGCAUAUAACUGAAUCUAAAGAGAGCUCUCUCUACCCUAACCCUGCCUUUAUCACGAUGACAAAAAGAUUCCCUACGCUUCUCUGCCCUAUCUCCUUUCCCUAUCUGAUCCUUUCUGUGUCCCUAUCUUUCUCUAAUCUUUCCAUCAUAUCAAUCAAAACUCUAUAUAUUUGGGAUAUAUGUCGACCAAAAGUAACUGGAUCACGUUGGCCUUUUAACCAAUAAUUUUCACUUAUUACUGACAUCAUCAGUGGAGUUAAUCCUCCUAACGAACAAGGAACAAUCCUCAGUUUAGGUCUGUGCAGUUUAGGGCCCUGCACUUGAGAUUAGUGGGAGUUACAGUCUUGAGCAGCAGUUUCCUCCAUAUUAUUUUAGCUCUUUCCCAAGCUAAAUUGAUGGCGGCAGCUACAACAGUUGCCUCCCAGGACUACAACUCCCACUAAUCUUGGGCAGAAGCUGGGCAUCUUCCAAUGUUGCUCGAACAAUGAACUCCUUCUCUUAAUCCCCACCCUACCCUAACCCAUAACCAUUUUACUUUCCUACAUUUACACUACCUCAAUUCGCAACACCAGUCAAUAGUUAAAAGUUAAUGCUAACCCUAAUUCUAACACCAACCCCAACUUCAACCCUAACUUACAAACUCUAGCCUAUAAACAUAAUGUAAAAUAACAGAUACAUAAGAAUUGAGAAAAUUUCUGCGUUCUACGGGCAUUUAUAAAACACUUGGCCUUUGGUGUCACGUUUUAUUAUGGAAAACCUUCCAAUAUUUUUUUUAAAUGGAAGUUCUUAUAAAUAUUGAGACUGCAUAUCAUUCUGUAUUAGUACCCCAUUGAACCAAUCCCCAAAUAUCCCAAUAGUUCAUGUUUAGGAAACUUAUAUAAAUAGUGGGUAAUAGCUUCUUGAUCCAAGGAGAUAUCUGACUGCCAUUCUGGGGUCAAGAAGGAAUGUUUUCUUAGUUUGUUGCACAAUUGGAAGCUCUUCAGACUGGGUUUUUUGCCUUAUUUUGGAUCAACAGCAAAAAUCAAAUGUGAGAAAGGCUGAACUUGACAGCAUGUCUGAAACAUGUCUCGUUUCAGUUAUGUAACUAUGUAACUUUUAGAACUGGGAAAGUGGGAAAAUUGCUUAUUUGCAUGUCGAGCUAGGAAUUCUGGGAUAGUUGCUGAAACAUGAUUUCUUGUUAUUUCUGUGCACGAAGCAGACUUCUCAAGGUCCAACUGGAUACCCAAAAGUUAUGUGUAUAUAUAUUAGUUAUAUAGAGUUCAUUUUUUAAAAUAUAAAACAGAAGCUCACAGCAAUCUCCUGGCUAUGGGUACAGAUCAAUCAUUAUUUAUCUACAUAUUUACAUACACACUAUAGCUACUGGAUAGGAUAUCCCAUGUAAUCUGUACAGUGCAACUGUUUUUGCUAACAAUAUGUGUUAAUUCCAUGAGUAGUAAAUAAAAAAUAUAUAUAUGUAUACUAUGCAUUCUCUUGGGGGAAAAAAAACAUUUAAAGAAAAUCCAAUUUCUACAUUCGGAUACAUCGGCACAACAGAGAAUAUCACAUCUCCUUAAUCAAUUAAACACUCGUUAGUGUCUGUACUGCAAACAUUCGGGCAGCUUUAGCCACCCGCUGCUUGAGUAGCAGUAAUUAUAUAUACACACACAAAUAUUUACAUGCAUAGGCCUGGAAAGAUAUCACUAUGGUUUAAUGGGCAGAAAAAAUCUAUGGUUUUAUAUGUAAGAAAGCAGUUUUCUAUUUUACUCAUCUGCUACCUUUUUUUGCUUAAUACAGUUUAAUGAGUCAAUAACCAGUGAUGAGCUCUGCGUGUAUUAUAAUUAUAGUUUUACUGUGUUUGUUUUGUGUGUUUGAUCUGUAACUGGAUAGAGAGAGAGCUUUGACUAUCUUUUGCAUACUCUGUUAAGCGAACAGUUUACCGUUGCUUAUCCUGCGGUUAAUGCAACUAAGGCUAAUUCAUUGGCCAUUUUGACAUUAUUUUUUGUGACAUCCCAAUUAUGACAUUUGGUGUUUCUUGUUCAAUGUGUAGUAGUAAUAUAACUGGUCUGAUUCACUAAUGUAACGAGAGAUAGUUAAACUCCACCUUGUUCAUAUCCACCCCUUAUGCCCGGUAAUCUCUCCUACCAGGAUCACCCUGUGUUUAGCUUUGAAAUGUCUUUGUAAUUAGACAGUUAUUCUCGCCCUGCUGAUAACCGACUGUUUCCUUGCAGCUGGAAGCCUUAGAAGCAGUAUUCGCUCAGACACAUUAUCCCGAUGUGUUCACCAGAGAAGAGCUUGCCAUGAAAAUUAACCUGACAGAAGCUAGAGUACAGGUAAGCAACCUUAAAAUUGUAAAAGGGCGAUCACAGAAGACAUUUUUGAUUUAGCGAAGUGGAGGGCCUGUGUGUCAUUGAAAAAGAAAAAUACAGAGCUAGGAUUAUGUAACAAUAGUCUUGUAGAAUUUGCAUUGGAAUUUUAGAGUAGUGCAUUACUGGUAACGAUAAAUUAGUUUGAUCAUCUUUAUCUAUUUAUAUGUUGCCAAUAAAUUGCACAGUGCUUUGUAUACAAGUGAACAGGCAUUUUUAAAAUAAAUUUAGAAAUACUUUAAUACAAGUUGUAGUAGAUGCAGGGAAUAAUCUUUUAGCAGAGGCGUUAGAGAAUGAUAUAGUGGAAUGAUAUAGUGGAAGAAUUCUAGAAAGAUCAGAAGAGACCAGGAAAAUGAAGAAUGAAGCCUUUGCAUUUUAGAAAUCAAAUGGAAUAAUGAGAUUUUCUUAUUUUCUUUCUUAAAAGGGUUACAAUGGGCAUGGCUUGUAUCUGCAGUCUAUUAAUGUAUCUCAAUGUGACUAACCACAGCAGAAGCUUGUGAAUUGUCAGUACUAAUGUUAGAAUUGUUAGGGUUUCAAAGUAAAUUUCAAUUUCAGGUUAAAGUAGCCAAACUGGAAAAAUUGGCUAUUUUAGCCUUAAAUUUGAAAUUGGCUUUGACUUCACUUUGAAUUUCCAACAAUUCUCAUUUAGUUCAUAAACUUGUAGAUGUCCAACUCGGCCUUCGAGUCCAAAAUGUAUGAGAGAGGUAGUCGGGUGCAUGGAUAUGAAUUUAUUUUAAAAUGUGUGUGGAGGAGGGGUUUGAUACUGCUGAGAAAUGAAAGAAAUUGAAAAAUAAUGAGUUUCUAAGAUACCAAGUUACAAAGGAAUGAGGCAGCUUCCAUUAUUUAGAUUUUCAAUACUUUCAGUUAAAACCAACAAGUAUGUUAAAAAAUUGUGACUGCACAAUUCCAACUGCGUUGCAGCCCAAAUGACAACACAACUCAUCUAAUAACUGCUUAAUACCAAGUGUCACAGUGCUGUAACAUUUAUACUGUCAUCCUAAAUAGUCUUAACAUAACCAUUAAUCUGUUGUGCCUUAUUGUUCUGCUGAGUUAUUUGAUAAAUGCAGGAAUCAGUAUGUCACUUAUUCAUCAUUUGCCAACUUUCUUUUGAAUCAUGUCAUAAACCAAAGUCCUUAGUCACUUAAUAGUGAACAGGUAAGGAAAACAGAAAAGUGCAACAAAUGGGCCAAAACAGCCAAGCUGUAUAAAAAUCCAAGCUGGAUUAAUAGUUGGUGCUUUGCACUCGUCGUAGCAAACUGUGAUUACAUAGAAACAUAGAAUGUGACGGCAGAUAAGAACCAUUCGGCCCAUCUAGUCUGCCAAAUUUUCGAAAUACUUUCAUUAGUCCCUGGCCUUAUCUUAAGUCUAGAAUAGCCUUAUACCUAUCCCACGCAUGCUUAAACUCCUUCACUGUUAACCUCUACCACUUCAGCUGGAAGGCUAUUCCAUGCACCCACUACCCUCUCAGUAAAGUAAUACUUCCUGAUAUUAUUUUUAAACCUUUGCCCCUCUAAUUUAAGACUGUGUCCUCUUGUAGUUGUAGUUUUUCUUCUUUUAAAUAUAGUCUCCUUUACUGUGGUUCCCUUUAUGUAUUUAAAUGUUUCUAUCAUUACCUCCAAUCUAUACAUGUUAAAGGGACACUCCAGGCACCCAGACCACUUCUGCCUAUUGGAGUGGUCUGGGUGCCAACUCCCAUUACCCUUAACCCUGCAAGUGCAAUUAUUGCAAUUUUUAUAAACUGCAAUAAUUACCUUGCAGGGUUAAGUCCUCCUCUAGUGGAUGUCUAUCAGACAGUCACUAGAAGGACUUCCGGGGUUCUUAAAAUCCGAAAAGUGUUUUAAACUACGCUGGAUGUCCUCACACUAUGCAUGACGACCUCCAGCAUCCCUGGAAUCCCCAUAAGAAAGCAUUGAAUAAUGCUUUCCAAAGGGGAGGUCUAAUGCGCAUGGAGCGUGGGCGGAGCCUGACCCAGUGCUGAGGGACAUCAGCACUGGAUUCAGGUAAGUCACUGAAGAGGUUUUAACCCUUUCAGCAACAUGGGAUGGGGUUGGGAGGGAGGGGGCACUGCAGUAUUCUGCAGUGCCAAGAAAUGAGAUAUGUUUUCUUGGCACUGGAGAGUCCCUUUAAGAUCCUUUCACCUUUCCUGGUAAUUGCAAUACCACAGUGCAAACCUCUGGUUAAAGUAUAUAUAAUAGUAGAUGAAGCGCACUCAGUGGACUUGUGUUCACUAAAUAAAAAUCAUUUUUAUUUACAUACCAUAAGUUUUGUCAACGUUUCAGUCUUUGAACGUACUUUCAUAAGGACAUAUAUACAUUUUUAUUUUUAUUUUAAUUCAGCAAUUUUGAACUUAAUGUUGCAAUUUUCCAAAUAAUUGAUUGUUUAUAGAACAAACCCCAUAGAAUUUGAAGACAGAAUCAAUCAUAGUGUGCAAGUCCAGCCAACCAGUUUCCCUAUCAUCUCUAUUACAUCUUCGUCAAUUCUAUAUUUAGUAUAAGCUGAUGUCUACAACAAUCGUUUUACAACUCCAUUAAUGUUGUAUUCCAUGCCAGAUCAUCUGGAAACUAUUCAAUGUAUUAAUCCACCCUUUCCGAUGUACUUAUGUUUUAAUGAAACCCUUUAAAUAAGUAAUAGUCACAUAUGGUAGAUAUUAUUCAAGGAGUAUACUUUUAUUUUUUUUUUUUUACUUUCGCUGUUAGAGGGUUGAGUAAAAGACUGCUGUCCCCCACCAAAAUCUGACAAUUAAUAAAAUAGACAAAAAGACAUGGUUAUUUUUUUUGUUUGACUAUGUAGUAAGGUGUUAGAUGUGUACCCAUUAGCAUAAUUCUUUACACAUAUUGCAUUUCUUUUAUUUUUGUUUACUCUGCUUUUGUACGUAUGCUCUACGCUCUCUGUGACUGUGAGAAUUAAACACCGCGAGAAAUAUUGUUAAAGUUAGAAUGGGUUCCAAACUGGCUCAGGCUCUGUGUAAUACAUAAAACAUAAUCACUACCAGAACAAAGCAAAGUGAUAAUAUAACAUAACAUAUUCAAUAUAAUAUCACAGUUAAUUAGGGUAGUUAAAAACACUCAUCCUUACAUGUUCAGCUGUAUAUAUGUUAUAGAUUGGUGCCCACCGGACUUCAUAGUAAAAGUUGGUACUUGAUGUAAGUGCUUUUACUUGGCUGAUAACUUUUGAUUUGGCUGAAUCAUAUAACCAAAACUCCUCUUUUCUAUAGUAUAUAUACAUUAGUGUUACCAUGGAGCACAAUUCUGUUUUUGUGUAAUAUGUAAUUAAUUCCGGUGAUAGAUAUCCAUCAGGAUACAUAACAACCUCCAAGCUUAUGGCAUACUAUGAUGUCUUUAGAACCCUUUAAUGGCUUCUUCCUCCUAAUAUAUGCUUUGUGUAUCUUUUAUACUAUAUUUUUAGACUUGGUGAGUGUGUUAGAUUUAGGAAUAGGGUAGGUCUGUCUUAUUAUAGACCCUGGGCAAAGCAGUGCCUACACAACACAACUCACAUGUAAAUUAUCGAUAAAAUAAAGCUUAUAUUUAUUGGUACCUCAAACCAAAUCAGUGUUUAAACAUUAAAAAACAUGCUGUACAGCAGAGAUUAAUCCACACAAAUGUUUAGUAGGUAGUAGGGUAAGGCGACUGACACAGACUGUUAAAAAUAUUAGAAGAACUUUAUUAUAGCUAUACGAGUGUUGAUUAUGUCUUAAUUAUGUACAAUUACGGUAGUAUGUGUACGUUGUUUUCUUCAAGGUCAAGAUAUGUAUUCACAACAGCAUGAUCGCAUGUACAGAUAACAUCUGAUACUGGGGUGAUUAGUCCUCCUAAAUGUUUUAAUAAAGGUUCUGAAUAAAUCUCCCAGAAUAAUAUACUGAAAAAUCAGAAAAAGCCUAUGGGGCCACCAUGCUCGUGGGGCCCCCGGGCAAUUGCCCAGUGUGCCCAUGUGUUAAGACAAUACUGGGAUAGGGUUAGAAUUAGGUCUACGGUUACUGUUAAAAUUAGGGCAGUGUAGGCAAUAAGGUCUAUUAUGUCAGAGCAGUUUGUCAGUACUGCCUAAAAUUAGUCAAUCCCACUUCAGUUUCAGCAGCCACAUUUAAGUCAAUAGGAUGACAGCUAUCAUUUCCGUAUGGAUAAAUAACAAACAAACAUACAAAAAAACAACACUUUUAUUAAGUUAAUCUGAAAUAUGUGGAGCAUAGUAAAGGAAUUGGACAUUUUUCCAUAAAUUGCCAAACAGGAAAAACUCUAAAAUUCAGAUACUUUUCAGUUUUGGCUCUUUGUCUUUGGUCUUACGUUUGCAAUACUGCACAAAAUGCUUGUUUAGUGAAUAACCCUGAAUGUCUAUGAGCUUGUAACCAGUUUAGUCCACCAUUUAGUCCAGUCCUGUUUGCCAUAAUUGUACAAUAAUGCAGCAUGAUGCAGCUAGUUUGUUAAUACAUGCAUUCUCAGUUGACCAUCCUAUUAAGGCAAAGAGCACUCUGUGUUAUAAGAUGUGUUGACACCAAACUGGCCAGACGUGAGCCUAAUAUUUACUUGGGUUUUAAUUUAACCUCUUUAGUUUCAGAGAGAUGAGAACAUAUCUCAAAGAACUGGCUUGUACAUCUCUCUGGGACUAAUGGUUAAUAAGUAUUUAAUUUCUGAGUGAGAAUGAUCUGAAGAACAUUUUUCUCGAACUCUAUAUGGAAGAAGAAACUUCUGCAUUUAUUUUGAAAUUCCGUAAAUCAACUUAUCAAUUGAAAUGCGUAUGAUAAUUUCGUCACGCCUUUUUAAUUCAUGGAAAACUCUAGUUUUAUCAACCAUAGUGGAUUUGCUAUUGCAAAAUCAACCUGCGCAAUGACAUAUCUUCACUUUUUUCAUCUGUGAAAUGCCGCUCGUUGGGACUGUGGGUUUGCAAAUUGUAUGGCAGAAUCGUGCGGUUAUGUCAUUCAGCAAUAUAGCAAAUUGAUUAAAGAUGAAAAAGUAAAUCCGAUUUGGUAGUUUGCAAAUGUAACCCUGAAUAUUGCCUGUUGGAUAAAAUGACUUUACAUGCAAAGAAGUAGGGCUCAUGCAGAUAUAUUUUUCAUAUUUCUGCUCCUGAGUGCUCUGGUAGUAACAGUAUCAGUUCAGAGAGAUAGCCUAGCACAAAAUAUUGCAGCGAAACCCCCCUCACUCUGUCUCCAAAAUGCUCCUGACAUCAGUUUGCAGAGAACAUUUGGCCACUGAGAGCAAAUGAAGGCUAUCUGUCACUUUCACCGUGCACUUUAAUAACAUCAACAUAAUGUGGAAUAUUAGAUUAGCUUGAUUAAUCGGUCAUUCAUAAUUAACUAGUGAUAAUGUUCUACACUAAUUUGUCCGCGUCUCUAAGGUACUGGAUUGCAUCAGAGAACAUCCAUUUCCUUGCAAUGGAAAAAAAAUAAUAAAAUAAAAAAUGCAGAAGCUCGCAGAACAGGCUCAGCAUUAUCAUAGCUCUGAGUCCUACUUUUUUAUAUACGCUGGUUCUCCAGCGGCUGGGAUUCUUGCAUAAGAAAGCCCUUUGCAGCUUUAUAUGUGUGUGUGUGUUUGUGUAAUCUAGUUUGCAAGGACAUCUGGCUCUCUAGGGCAGGUGCAAAAAUUAUUAAACAUUUAGGAAAUGAGUCCCCCUAUAUAAAUUCUUAAUUUACAGAUCUGGUUUUCAACCAUGACAAAAACAAAACAAAACAAAAAAAGGAAUGAAAAAUGUUUCUUGAAGGGAAUCAUUUUCUGACUUUAAAAUAAGGUUAAUCUGCUAACUAGAUGGAAAGAUAGACAGAUAUGUAGGCUUAGACAACAGUAUCAGUUUGUCUCAAUCAUCAAAUAUUAAAUAAAAUAGAUACACACUGGUGUAUACACUAAAAAGAAUCACUAAAAAAAAACCUAAAAACAAAACUCCUCCAAAACAAGUCAUUUGCCAGCCACAAAAAGUAGGUCUGCACUUCUAUAAAAGCUAGAAUGACACUUCGGGGUGAGAGAAACCCAAAAUGGAAAAGUAAGGUUUUUUUUGGUCAAUUUUAAACAUAAAAAAUAAUUCAAGUGUAAUUCGUUUUAACACAUUUGACAGAAUUUGUGUAACUGCUUAUUUGUUGCAUUAUUUUCCUAUUGCAUACAUAAUUCUAACGUAUAUUAAGACUUCUUUAACUUUGUACAAUGUCAAUUGCUACACAGCUAAGCCACUAGGCCACUGACAAUAAGGCCUGAAAGGGUUAUGAAACCCUUUUUUUAACAAUAUAUUUAUUUUAUUUUAAAAUGCCCUAUUGAGCACUUGUAUCUUGCCCUGCUUGUAAAAAAAGAUUAAAAAAAAAACUUACCUGGAAUUCAGCGAGGAUCUUCCAUGCCCCAUCCAAAUUCAUGCGGUAUCAGUUCUUCCCUCUCUGUGGUCCAAUGAAAUGUGGAGAAGCAUUUAAUUGGACUGUUCUCGCUGGCUCAGAGUGCAUGCGCAUACUUUGAGCUAAUGAGGGGAGUGAGUAAGCGGGGAUAUACACGGUGGGGAAGGGAUUAAAACAAAAUUAAAAUAAGAAAGCUUUCCAUAUAUGGAGCUGGGAAAGGAAGUGCACCAAGGGGAGGUAGGAAGUGCACCAAGGGAGGAAGGGAGGGAGGGGAGGUCUAGUCUUCCUCUUGCAGGUUAAUUUUGCACAGAAUUAACAUUUGGUAGCCUUUACUAAGUCACGUGUCUUGUGAAUAUAACUAGCCCCCUGCACAAAAAUUCAUAUUGCUUUGUAUGUGCAGUAUUUCAAGCAGAAAUGCUACACAUACAGAUUCCUUCCACCAUAACCAUUUCUAAAAGUAGAUGUGGUUGUGGUGGUUGGAGUAACCCUUUAAUUGACAUCUAUAGAAUAGGUGGUAAGUUAUUUAUUUCUGCCUCAUCCCAUAUAAUCUAUCGAUCUGUAUAACACUGGAUAGCAUGCAUAGAAGAUACAUUUUAUAGAACUUUAGGGUUAUAGGUGCUCCAAGAUACUAUCUUGUCUGGAGAAGGUAGGGGGGAUGUUUAUAGAAACAAUGCCCUGAAAUCUCACUCCUUGCUGCUAACCUAGCCUAUACAGCACAGACCCAUUGAGCUUGUAUAAAGUGUUGAUGAUUUUCUUAUAUACAGAGUCAAAAGUAGAGAAAACAAUGAGAUCCCUUUGAAUGGUUUAUUUCAGAACAUACACUUCUGACCUCAAAAGGAGACUCAAUAAAGACUCUGAAUAAGGUCACUCCUUACUGAGAAUAUAUACAAUGGUUACAUAAUCUAACUUAUUUUACCAAGCAGGAUGUGUUUUUGCACAUAGUCACUCUUGCAUUUGACCAAUCCAAGUUUUAGAGUUUUUGCAUUGACCUCUAUCUAGACAAGGUUUGGGCAAAUUUUCAGUGUUACGUAGAGCCUGUCCUAGAGAGGUAAAGAUAGUAUAGUCUGCACUGUAUUUAUAAACGGUACAAGUAUAAAUUCCUCCAGUGGCAUAUGUUUAAGGGGCUUAUAACUGUAGCAGUUUGUAUAAGCAAUUGCAUACAAUCAAACAUUAAGGAACACUGCAAACACCAUAACCACUGCACCCCGCUCUAAGGGUUAUUUUGCCCUCCCAGAGUAGGUAAUCUGUUUGAACACUUACCUAGGUCUCCUUGGGCGACUAUUACCUGAGAGCAUCAGCUAAGUGCCAGGAAUAGUUCAGUGUCAAAACGUCCAGCUGCAGCCGAUAACUUGACUAGCUAUUCUUAUAAAAACACCAUAACCACUACAAUGAGAUGUACAUGUAGUAGUUAUGGUGGUUGCAGUGUUAAUUCACUGGUAAGUAUGUAUUGCUGAGGAUAUUCUCUUGCCAUUGGCAGACACUGCUUGAUUUAUUAUUUUUUAGAAACUGGCAUGAUUGUGAUCUGUAUUAUCUGAACAUAUGCUGUUUGUCAUGCCUAAUGAGAUCAUAAUUAAAAAAAAAUUACAACAACAAAAAUAAAUUAUCAGGCAGAAAUAUAUCUCUUAGAUUUCAUGAAAGUUAUUUCCACUUUUCCCACACAGAGAAAUUUAGAAAUCAGUAAGGAAUGAGUUAAGGGGAUUCUCCUGCACUGAAUAAUGUGCACCUAUGGAAGCUAUUAAUAAAGGGUCUUUGUAUUGCUGCUAUUAAUCACAUACUGUCAUUGUAUUGAUUUAACUUAUUGCAUAAAUAACAAAUAAAAAAACUAAAUAAAUAACAGGUCCAUGAAUAUAAAAGUGUUAGUAAAUAAAAAAAAAUCACUCCCCAUAGGUGGAUCUCCCAGAUAGUGAGAAAUUUACCCAAUGUACAUCCCCACUUUUUAGAUAAACUGCAUUAAAGCAGUAUGCUUUGGCCUAGUGGCAGGAAUUUACAUCCUUUCCUCCAAGUGGGUUCUGCAGCUGAUUUUAAAUUCCCCAUUUCAGUGUGCUGCAUUACCCCAGACUACAUUCAAUCUCUACUUGCUUAUACUGUGAAAUUAUAAGGGCUAUUAAUAUUUGGACUCAUAAUGAGGAUAUGCACCUGGUCCAAAAAAGCCAUAGUCAGCCUCUGGCAUAGAGACACAUGCCAGAAUAUGGGCGGAAAGGAGGAGGCGAUUGUGCAUAAAAGUGGUUGGGGGGAGGGUUAUGCUUACUAUAUAGUACCCUCUCACCCAUUCAAUGAUGAUUAAUGUGCAGCAGACAACAGCCUCAUGUUGUCAAACAAAACCCUAAAUGGGGAAAUGAACGAGUUUCUCCCCAGCCCGCCAGUACAAAGUCAUUAAAAUAUGAUAAUGAAAAAUAACUCAAUUAAAGAUCCUUCUAGCUCCGACCUUCGCUCAAUUAAGAGACAAAGCUUCUGCUCAAGUGACCUAAAUUUAGACUAAAGAUACUCAUUACUCAGCGAUUGCCGAUGCGUGGGAUUAAAGGCUACUUAAAUAUAAUAACGAGAAUCAUUAAUUACUGAUAACUAAUAAACACCCAUACAAUGAGGAGACACAGUGCCAGUAACGUUUUCAGUGCUGGAGUUGGAACAUGUUGCUGACCGGCUGUGUCUGGCCAAAGAACAUAAAAUUGGCCUGGAAAAAUGGAAAAUCCAUUGUCUGUAGCAGCUGUUCCCCACUAUUGUCAAUUCUACAAACCAAAGGACGUAUUUACUAAACAGUCAAUUGUAGUGAAUUGACUAGAGGUACAACAUUUUGGCCUAAACAGAGAUAAAAGAAGAAAAAAAUGUGUAAUUCAGUCAAGAUGAAGAUUUAUCCAAUGAUGUUUGUAAAUUUGGCCUGUCAAAUCUCCACACACUAUAAAAUCCUACAGAUUGGUAAUAAUGACACAUGCAGGUCUAGUUAAGUGAUAAUUCAAGGUGAAUUUUAAGUUUAAGACUAAAAUAGCCAAUAUGAAAGCAUGGCUGACUUAUAGAAUUUUGACAGUUGAACUAUUUUGACCUUAAAUUUGAAAUUUACUUUGAAGUCUCACUUUAGUAAAUAACACUGACAGUCUGUUUCACCAUUAAAAGGGAAUAGAAAAAUUACAGUGGAACCUUGAUUCUGGAACGCUUCCGCACUCAAACAAUUCGGUAUUCAAACAAAAUAUUUGAGAUAAAAAUGUCUCAGUAUUAGAACAAAACUCAGUAUUAGAACAAACUCAUCCAGCAUUAACCUCGAUGGUACCACUUUGGAACCUCGUUGGUAUGACACAUCGGCCUCCUAGCACUAGACAAAGCAAACAGAGCUCCAUUCUGUCUGCGAAUAGAGCUCCAUUCUGUCGACAAACAUCUCCAUUCUGUCAGCAAACAGAGCUGACAGGUAAAGUGAAGUUACAUUUUCAUUGUGUUUAUUGGUUUUCUGUAUGAUUUUAUGCAUUGAAGGUAUUAUUAAACUGUAAAAUGUGUGUUAAAAUGCUGUACUUUUAGGGGUCUGGAACGGAUUAAUCUAAUUUACAUAAAUUUUUAUGGAAAAUUUUGAUUCGAUUUUCGAACAACUCAUUACUCAAACAGCCUUCUGGAACGGAUUAAGUUCGAGUUCCGAGGUUCCACUGUACUUACAAAUGCCUUUUUAGUUCUCCACAAUUCUCCUUUGCGGAAAUAAACCCCCUAUGUGGUUGAUAGUCUAAUUUUUAUAACAAAUCAUGAAAAUACACUGCUUGGUCCCUGAAAUAGCCAGAGACCUAUAGAUUUUAAACUUGCACAUAAGGGUUUAUUUCUACAUGAUGGUUAUAGCCGUGGAUCACUAUUCUUAAAGGUAUGCUAUGUCUCUGUUGAUGUAAGUCUGCUUAUGGAAUCCCUGGGUGAACUAUGACUUUAAGGUCCCUAAAGCAUCCACUGGGUCAUCUGCCCCUAAAAAAAAAAAUGAAAAUUCCCCUUCCUUGAAUGCAGUAUGAUUCUCGUGCUAAUAUAAAACUAUCAUAUCCCUACUAAAAUCAGUGACAGGGGGCAUGGAUUACCUUGAUGCAAUCAAACCAUAUAUGAUGUUUGAUACUCAAGGAGGGCUGUAACAGUUUGUGAACAAAGAGUUUCAGCUGCCCAGUUAGUUGGGACAAUUCAAAUAAUUUUUUUCUUUCCUGCUAAAAUGAUUCUCAUUUGACUUUAAAGGGACACUAUAGUCACCUGAACAACUUUAGCUUAAUGAAGCAGUUUUGGUGUAUAGGGCAUGCCCCUGCAGCCUCACUGCUCAAUCCUCUGCCAUUUAGGAGUUAAAUCCCUUUGUUUAUGAACCCUAGUCACACCUCCCUACAUGUGACUUGCACAGCCUUCCAUAAACACUUCCUGUAAAGAGAGCCCUAUUUAGGCUUUCUUUAUUGCAAGUUCUGUUUAAUUAAGAUUUUCUUAUCCCCUGCUAUGUUAAUAGUUUGCUAGACCCUGCAAGAGCCUCCUGUAUGUGAUUAAAGUUCAAUUUAGAGAUUGAGAUACAAUUAUUUAAGGUAAAUUACAUCUGUUUGAAAGUGAAACCAGUUUUUUUUCAUGCAGGCUCUGUCAAUCAUAGCCAGGGGAGGUGUGGCUAGGGCUGCAUAAACAGAAACAAAGUGAUUUAACUCCUAAAUGGCAGUGAAUUGAGCAGUGAAAUUGCAGGUGAAUGAUCUACACACUAAAACUGCUUUAUUUAACUAAAGUAAUUUAGGUGACUAUAGUGUUCCUUUAAAGAAUACAAGACAAUUUAACUUACUUGAGCCUGAUAGGAAUCAACAAAUUCCUCCUAAUCAGGUCUGAGCAUCCUUCAAUACACCUGAAAAUUAACUUUAUAAGGAUGGAAUGGCCAUGCUGAAUUAAGUUAGCAAGUGGGGCCAAGUAGCAACCAUGUUAAAACUUGUAAAUCAUAAAUUCAGAGGGUAGAAGAGGUUAUUUAAACCCACUGCUUUCACAUGUAUACAUUGGGAUGACAUAAAAAUGCCUACAUUUGCAAUUCAUGUGCUGACCUUAUGGACAGAAACCCUACAAGUACAGUCAGUUGUUGGGGUAGUUUAUAAGGUGCCCACAAAAACAAACCGCUACAUACUGUCAGACAAUCGCCAACCAUUUUUGCCCUUUCCAUUCAUUUUCAUGAUUUUCCAUAAUCAGCCUGAGCCCAGUGUCCGCUCCUUCUCCCCAUUCAACUUCAUUAAUUUUCUUUUUUUAAAAUUCUUUAUUUUAUGUUGUGCCUAGGUAUACAAGCAGACACCAGCUAACACAAGUAUUUUGAAAUAACAUAGUAAUGCAUUUGUGUGGCAUAACAGGAAAACUGCACAUUUUAUAAUAAUAAUAUAGUGAGGGCUAAGUCACAGUGAUCAGAGAGGGGUAGCUAUGUCAUGUGACAACCAUAAUAAAAGGAACCCUCUGUGACCAAGAUUGAUGAGUGCUGAGAGUAGUGACAUUAAUAAUAAAGUAAAAAUUAAACGUUAAAACAAAUUAAACUUGCCAGCUCAGAGAUAGAUAAGGCGGUUAGUGCACAUGGAUUGCGUUGAGCGGGGUAUUGCAACAUCAGCAUAGUGUGUGAACACUCCGUAGACUCCUAUCGUGGGUAGUUGGAUAGUAAGGCCAUAGGAAAAUUUAAAGUAAGGAUAUAAACAUAAGAUUAGGCUCAGAACAUCAGUUUUAAACAUUUCUAACUAAGGUUUGCAAUGUGAAGGCUGAGGGGAGAACUCAAUUCAGCUGAUACCCUCUAGGGCAGUGGUCCCGAACCCAGUCCUCAUGGACCACCAACAGUCCAGGAUUUAUGUAUUUCCCUGUUUUAUUCCAAUGGAGAUACUGACAAAACCUGGACUGUUGGUGGUCUGUGAGUACUGGGUUGGAGAACACUGCUCUAGGGGUCUGGUAUAGUCCUGCUGUAAUCUGGCUGUCUUCAAGCAUUGCGGCCCCGUCAGGGAGGUGCAGCAGGUUAUAACCGGGAGAGGAAGCGACAUCUCACGCUGUGAGACAGCUACCCAGCCAGGCAUGAGGGUAAGUCCUCUAGGGCUGAUGGGUGUUGGCUGGUAAAUAUUGGGAUGGCAUACCACUUUGUUCCUGCUGAACAAGCUGCCGUAGACAUGUAGUGAGCUUGCGCCAAAAGUCAAAAAGUGGGACUUUUUAAGUGAGACUCCUGUUUAGAUAGCGGUAUAAUGGUACCUUGGGGCUUCGGAGUCCCUGUCAUGGUAGGGGUCACAGGGUGUGGACCUGGAUCAACCCCUCUCCGUGGGAGAGGGGGAAGAGGGCCAGGUGCACACAGCCUUGGGAGUCCAGCUUGAUAUAGUUGAGCAGAAUAGCAGGGCAACGGCCGUCCACCCUAAUCACCGCCUGAGUAGGCCUCAUUCUAGGAAGACGACAAAUAUUCUCCCAAGGGACUAGAACAGAGUUUGCAAGCAUCGCCUUAGAAUCAGCACUCCCUUGUGUACAGGACAACAGCUACCGCCGGUGCAAUGAUAUUUGGGUACAGAGGCAAAGAUAAUUUUGGCCCCCCCACCCCCCAAAAAGCCACUUCACCUGUGUGCCUCUUAACCCGCCUUUUGUUUCUUAUCCCCUUUACUGUAUCUUAUCCCCUAUUUUUCCCCAUUGUGUGUCUUACACCUCCCUUGUAUAUCUCUUACAAUCCCCCCUUGUGUGUCUUACUCUCCCAGCCCCUUUGUGUUUCUCCUUCUCUCCCAACACCUUUGUGUGUUUCUCUUUCACCCCCAGCCCGUCUGUGUCUCUUUUUCCUCUUCUCUAGCCCCUCUGUGUCUCUUUCACCCCAGCCCCAUUGUAUUUCCACCCCCAGGGUCUUCUGUGUGUCACUUUCGUCCCCAGCCCCUCUGUGCAUCUUUCUCACCCCCAGACCCAUCUGUGUGUCUUUCUCUCCCCUCAUGUCCCUCUGUGUGUCUUUCUCCCCACUCAGUCCCUUAGUGUGUCUUUCUCCCCACUCAGUCCCUUAGUGUUCCUCUCCCCUCCCCUCUAUGACCCUUAUUGAUCCCCUCCCCUUCCUGCCCCAUAGUGUUCCCUUUCCCUCCCCUUCCUGUCUCUUAAUGGUCCUCUCCCCUCCUCUUCCUGUCUAUUUGUGGUCCUGUUCCCUGUCCCUUAGUAUUCCUCUCCUCUCCCUUCCCUGCCCCUUAGUGUUCCUCUCCUCUCCCCUCCCCUGUCACUUAGUGUUCCCCCCCUUUACCUGUCUCUUAGUAUUCUUCUCCCCCCUCUUACUGUUCUUUUUCCCUUCCCUCCCCUGUCCCUUAAUGUUCCUCCCACCACCUCUCUUAGUGUUCCUAUCCCUUCCUCUCCCUCUCUUUUAGUGGUUGCCCCCUCUCCCUUGUUCCUUAGUGUUCCUUUCCCCCAGUCCCUUAUUGCCCCUGUCCCUUAGUUCCCCUUCCCCCUCCCCCUGGUGCGCUCUCCUCCCUCCCCCUUUAGUGGUCCUCUCCCCUUUCCAGUGUAUCUCCUACCUCUUUUGUAGCAUGGCCGAGCGGAGCAGACCGCAGUACAGGAGCUCCAGUUUCCUGUACCAAGCCAGACUGAUGGGAAGUGAUCUCUCAGUGAGCACUUCCUGUCAGUCCAGCCGGGUACAGGAAACAGAAGCUCCUGUACCGUGGUCCGCUCCGAUGAGUACUGGUAGGAGGGAGCACUGUGCGCCCACCGUCUGCUGGUCACUCUAAUCUAGCAUCCCCCAGGCCUUUCAGCAUUGAGGUCAGGCCCUGUUCCCUGUCCCUUAGUGUUCCUCUUCUCUCCCUUUCCUGCCCCUUAGUGUUCCUCUCCUCUCCCCUCCCCUGUCACUUAGUGUUCCCCCCCCUUUACCUGUCUCUUAGUAUUCUUCUCCCCCCUCUUACUGUUCUUUUUCCCUUCCCUCCCCUGUCCCUUAAUGUUCCUCCCACCACCUCUCUUAGUGUUCCUAUCCCUUCCUCUCCCUCUCUUUUAGUGGUUGCCCCCUCUCCCUUGUUCCUUAGUGUUCCUUUCCCCCAGUCCCUUAUUGCCCCUGUCCCUUAGUUCCCCUUCCCCCUCCCCCUCCCCCUGGUGCGCUCUCCUCCCUCCCCCUUUAGUGGUCCUCUCCCCUUUCCAGUGUAUCUCCUACCUCUUUUGUAGCAUGGCCGAGCGGAGCAGACCGCAGUACAGGAGCUCCAGUUUCCUGUACCAAGCCAGACUGAUGGGAAGUGAUCUCUCAGUGAGCACUUCCUGUCAGUCCAGCUGGGUACAGGAAACAGAAGCUCCUGUACCGUGGUCCGCUCCGAUGAGUACUGGUAGGAGGGAGCGCUGUGCGCCCACCGUCUGCCGGUCACUCUAAUCUAGCGUCCCCCAGGCCUUUCAGCAUUGAGGUCAGGCCCUGUUCCCUGUCCCUUAGUGUUCCUCUUCUCUCCCUUUCCUGCCCCUUAGUGUUCCUCUCCUCUCCCCUCCCCUGUCACUUAGUGUUCCCCCCCCUUUACCUGUCUCUUAGUAUUCUUCUCCCCCCUCUUACUGUUCUUUUUCCCUUCCCUCCCCUGUCCCUUAAUGUUCCUCCCACCACCUCUCUUAGUGUUCCUAUCCCUUCCCUUCCCUCUCUUUUAGUGGUCGCCCCCUCUCCCUCAUUCCUUAGUGUUCCUUUCCCCCAGUCCCUUAUUGCCCCUGUCCUUUAGUUCCCCUUCCCCCUCCCCCUGGUGCGCUCUCCUCCCUCCCCCUUUAGUGGUCCUCUCCCCUUUCCAGUGUAUCUCCUACCUCUUUUGUAGCAUGGCCAAGCGGAGCGGACCGCAGUACAGGAGCUCCAGUUUCCUUUACCAAGCCGGACUGAUGGGAAGUGCUCUCUCAGUGAACACUUCCUGUCAGUCCAGCCGGGUACAGGAAACAGAAGCUCCUGUACCGCGCUCCGCUCCGCUGAGUGACUGGUAGGAGGGAGCGCUGUGCGCCCACUGUCUGCCGGUCACUCUAAUCUAGCGUCCCCCAGGCCUUUCAGCAUUGAGGUUAGGCCCUGCCCCCUCAACUUCAUUUUUUUAACUUUGUUGUUUCUUCAAUUCUAAAUGUGCAGUGUAUCAAGCAGAAAUGCUCCACAUAAACACUCCUACCACCGUGACCACUUCAAAUUACUGGAGUGGUCAUACUGCUUGGAGUAACUGUUUAUGACCCUCGAAUGACCAUAAUCUAGUUCAGACAAACCACAGCCAGGGCAAACAUUGCAAAUGAAAAGGAGACAUAGAAACAGUUUUUCAUUUUCCUAUUCUCUGUAUGAUUUUUUUAUGCCAAUUGCCAGGUACAAAGAAUAGAGCUUAUAACAAUGAUUGAAAGUCGCAUAAUAAACCGAUGUGGACUUUCUACAUUGAUUUUAUGUUUUGCAUCUCAGAAAAACAUAUAUUAUAAAUACAGGAAUAAGUAAACAAUUUUAAAAAUCCCGGGAAAGUGACAGUUCCCUUUAAACCUAUUUGAACAGUAGCCACAUGUAUUCAUUGCCUGCUCUGUAAACCCAUGUAUGAUCUGAAAUUCACAUGACUCAGGAUUUUUCUAAUAAAGUUGUGAUCUCACUUCAAUCCACAGGUUUGGUUCCAGAAUCGGAGGGCAAAGUGGAGAAAAACUGAACGUGGCAGUUGUGACCAAGAAGGAGGAAAGGAAACUAAUUCAGAGGUGACCUCUCCAAGCAGGAAUCUUAGCUCACCUUCUGCUGGAGAGCCUCCGAGGUCCAAGAAGGACAGUCUGGAUUCACAGCAGAGGUAAGAUGCUUCUCUCACCCGAAUAUAUGGCCAAUAGUAUUUCAGCACAAAACACACCCAGAGCUGCUGUCUUGCUCUGAAUCAUUAGUUUGCAAAUUAUCGAGAAAGGCUAAUAGUGGUCUUUUUCUAUCUAAUACUCUUUAUAUAUUGAAACACUCUAUACCUUUUUUAUAUAUAUUUAUUUAACAUGAAAAAGGUGAGGAUUUCUAUCAUUUGGAAAGAUGUUAUCUUUCUUAAGUCUUAUUUAUGUUUACAUUCUGUUGUGCCCAUGUUCAUAAAAUUCAGUUUUUUUCUUUGCACAUAUUUUCUCCUCAGUCCUCUUACUUUAUUAUAUAUGUGUUUAUAUAUGAUACAUACAUGUGCUUUCAGUUCAUAGAUUCACCUGGAGGAGUUGAAAACUGGCAUGGGCUUAAAACUAUAGGCCGUGUGUAGGAUCGCUCUCCAGUUGUUAAUAACCCACCUGGCACAAUCCUCAGAUAACAUGUGACUCGGAAUAUAAUUCAUGAGGAUAACUGGAUAAUUGAAGAUCCAUAGCAGAUUAGCACAUCCCAGAUCUAGGCAUGGUCUGAACAUCUCUAAGAAAUUAAUUAAGCAUUUGCCUGGAGUUCUAUUCCAAAAGAAACACUCGGCACCUCUGAUGGUUGCAACACUGAACACUGUUAGCAUUCCAUCAGAUUCUGGCUCUUCUGAUUGAUUCCGGGAAUUGCUGUCUAAUCAGUAUGCUUACAGAUUCAUGCAGACAUGUAGAAUUUGAUGGAACAAUAUCUGCAUCCAUAGAUACUCUGGAAUCAUCUUCCCCUCCCUGCCCAAAUAAUAAUUGAUAUGGAAGGGUCGAUAGACCACCCACCAAAAUAAUUAUACUUCCGUCAUGGCCAUGGACAUCCCCACAAGCAAAGUCUAUCACACCCUUAUGCAGGUACACCACCAUACACUUCCCCACCUCUACCAUUGAGUAUUACAAACACACUGCAAGUAAGGGAGAUGGGUGUUGAGAUGGGGUAAGUCCUAGAUUGAGAAAAAUAGAUAUUGGUGAAGAGAAGAGUGGAAAUGGUUGUGUUAGGAUGAAAAAAGUCUGAUAGACUAAUGUAGAGGGGAAACAGAUUGCAUGACAAUGAUUGAAGUUUAACAUAAAACUUUUGGAAAGUUGGGAAAAGAGUUAAGAGUAUGAUGUGACAGAUAUAGGAGGGGAAGACUAGAGAGGAAAAAUUAUGAGAGAAAGGGUCUUAAUGGAGAUGUUGGACACACAACAAGGUAACAGACUAUAUAUACGUUUGCCUGGAGAGGUAAAGAUCCUUGCACAGGUCCUGUAUGUAAGACGAUAUACUUCAUAUUUUUAUUACAUCUUUGAUGAAGCCCCAAAACCAGCAUAAAAAGAAAUUAAUAUGGCAGUAACAUACAGAACACUUUGACAGAUGAAGUCUUUAUUAUCAGUGGAUAUAUAUCUUUAGUUCUAAAGUCAUGAGCAAGACAAAAUGAAGAUGGACAGAUCAAUGCAACGUAAACAAAGAGCACACAAGACCAUUGCCAUUAAACAAGCCAAAAACACAUUCAUAAAUCUACGGAUCCCUACAUUUCAUGUCAUCAAAUGUUGGAAUAUUAGGUUCUUUAUUAUGUACCAGUUAGUUUUUUCAUGUUUUGACAUCAAUUUCACAAGUAUAAAUAGACUUGAUCAGUGGUUCCCAACCCAGUAUACAAGGCAUAUAGUUAUAUCCCAAUUCUGCUUCAGUGGGGAUACUGACGAAAACCUGGUGUCCACUAGUAUGCCCUGAAAACUGAUUUAGACUAGACAAGCCACUAAAGAGAGGUUUUACAAGUCAAAAGAUGAAUACAUUACAUUCCUAUUGAUACCAGUGAUCAUAUUAAAGAAAAUAUGUGUCUAAUAUCAUUGUUUGCUGUUGGUUGUCAAGUUCAGUAGGUAAUCGUACCCAUUCUUUGGUGUUUACAACACAGGUGCCUGACUCACGAGAGAUCAGUGGGUCCAGCCACAUCUUUCUUUCCAUCCUGCUUGCCUGGAGCCAUCCUAAACACAGCCAGCUACGCCCAAGCUCUGUCGCAUGUGGCUUCACUAAAAGGUAUGAAUUCGAGAGGCAGCCAGUUGGUGCCGAAACGUUGGGGGGUUUGGUGACUCGUGUUUCUGUCUUGUGGCUUGUAAGAAUCUUUUUGGUAUUUUACCAUUACUUUAUUGUAUUUGACCUUGCUUAUGUCUGUGUUUAUUUUUCUUGUAUGUUUUCACUUUGGUACUUUGUGUACAUAGUAAAGCUAAGUUUUUUGAGAUUGUUAUAGUGUGCAUUCUAUAUUCUGUAGAUAUUUGAAACAUUUGAGGGAGUGUUUAUAUGGUUUGCAACUGGCUAUUUUAAUACAACUUUGUGCUGUUGUUUUGAGAAGAUGAAUUCGAGAGUUGACCAUAUAUUAUUCAUUAAAGAGACCUGGGGAAAGGUGCAAAUAUGCAAGUGCAUAUUACCUUUCCCUCUGUCAAUGUGAUUGUCUUUUAUUAUGCAUGAUAUGGUUAUCCAUUAGUCUGAUGGGUAAAAUAUUACACCUCAGAACAAAAAGAAAAUAUUUAACAAAAAGAUUACAUCUUGGGAAUAGCAUGCCAGUUGGAAAUAUUCCCCCGACCUACCGUAAGAUACAAUACAUUUUUUUUUGCACUUUUUUGGGCCAUGGGAUAUUAUAACUUAAACACUCUGGGCAGGUAUUUAUUUUAUGAAUUGCUUAGACCUCAGUAACAUUGCUGUUUAAGGCUUUAUUUGAAAAGACCAUAUAUUAUAGAUGAGCAUAUAUUGGACACUAUCAGAUCAGCAAUGUCAUACAAUAGAGCAGGUGAAUUUCUGAGCAGUCAUGGAAACCUCAAAACUCUGAAAUAGGCCCACAUUCUGUACACUGUUCAGUAGGAUGCUACAUAGACAGGGGUAACCGUCACAUCCCAGAUUUUUAUGAAUUGCAUCUGGGACGUGCAUAGCAGAGCACACACCUUUUGUCCUCUUGCACAGCUUGGAGUGCAGUCUGCUUUCCCCGUAUAAACAUGUGUUUUAAUGUCCACGACCGGUACAGGAUGCACUGCUGAUAGUGCGGUCUGUCAAAAGAGAUUUCCUGCCUUAGCAAUUACUUACAGCUAAAAGCAUCAAGGGCCUGUGGAUUCACCCAAUCCAGUCACAUCCUUUAAUGGCUGGCAGCAUACCUCGACAAUUAAUUAAUAUCAUUCAUUUAUUAAUUGGGAAGCAGCAGGAUUUGUCCUUCUUCAGCCUCUUUCAGAGCCCAGACAGAUAGUUCACAAACAGUAGAGAGACUUUUUCAAGAGAUCAGCUCAAUGUUUUUUUCUUGCUAUGUAAUCACCUUUCUAUUUUUACCUUGAUUGAUGGUACCUCUUCUAUUGAGCAAAGCAAACAGAGCUCUAUUGGUUGAAAUGUUUUAUUCUGUUCAUAUUCAUGGAUGUGCAGACUAUUAGCAGGCCACCUUCAUCAAUAAUGGGACCUUGACUGUCUUCUGUUUCAAACGAAUUUACAUCCUAGAAGAAACAGUUUCACAGUUUAUUCUUCAAUUGCCAAAUACAAUUCCAACAGAUUAAAAUUUAUGAUUGCAGUUCAAUGCAUGAAAAACACAUACAGUCAGACAAGAGAUCACACCUAUUCUCCAUUAAACUGUCAAAAACUGUUACAAUGGGCAAACUGAGCAUCUAUCAGUCCCUUUAUGUAAGAUAUUUCUCUUAAACUACAGGGUGGCCCAUAAGUCCCUACCCAUCCAUAUAUCUUAUGUAUCCAGUGUAUCUGUGUGCUGUAUGGGUAGGGACUUAUGAGCCACCCUGUAGAAUGGAAGUGUUUUUGUUUUGCCAAUGAGACAGUCAAUCCAUGAAGUCUUUUUGUUAUGUAGAGGACAAAGGCUAUGCUGCAUAGCAGGUGAUUACAGCCGCUUUGAGUAUACCGUAGGUGAAUAAGGGGUAGAUAACUGUAUAAAAGCCAAUGAUCAGUAAAUUGAUAUCAUCUUAACCGUAUUAGUCUCAUGACUUUGUUUAUAUUUUCAAGUCAGACAGUGUUGUGGUCAAGGUUCGGUGGUUUAACAGGACUUAACCUGAACUCUGUAUUUAAGUGCAUUGGUUAACAAAAUGCUCUGCAGAUCGCAUGUCAUGCAGGUGUGGUCUGCGUCUGCAUGUUCUGUUGCAACGCAAAAUAUUAAAUGAUUACUGAUCAGUAGGUUUCUCCGGCCAAUGGAAUUGCUCUCCAGGUCUUUAUCACAGUGCAGUGAUUACGUGGUUAAUUACUGUUCCUUUGGCCUCUCUCUUCCUUGAAAAUACUCUACAUGUCUUUCUGGGGACUGGAGACAAGAUUAAGGUCUGUUUCCAGCGGUCGAUUUGUUUGCCUGUGUACGGAGCUUUGAUCAGAGGUGGGGAGGCGAGGUUUUACUUGCGUGGGGGCUCUUCCUGUCAGACUCACGGAAUUGAUCCCCCCCCCCCCCUCCAGGGGAGGCUGGAUUAUUAUUACAUUAAGUAUUAAUCUGUUUAGAUGAUCUCACCAUGAGAUGCUCUGAUUCAGCACUAUAUCUGCAGCUAAUGGAGAGGUAACCCUUUCACAACCAAGAGACUUGUAACAGCUUCAGCAUACAAAAAUAAAAAAAUAAAAUAAAAAAGAUUAUGUAAAAGCCAAAGCUUGGUUUAUAAUAUAUAGAGAGCAAAGGCUACACUGAGUAUGUGGGAAUAAUCAAUGUCUGGAAUUUGGUUGAUACUUAGUUUAGCUUAAUGAUGCAUUCAAUUGCUAUGCCAUCAUAAUACACUAUGCCUUAACCCCUUCAUUACAAAUAACUUGCCAGGAUUACCACCAUGAUUACCGAACCUGCCAAAUCUAUCUUACUGAAAGCGUUAACCCAUUAAUGUUCAGUGUGAUAUAUGAGGUAUGUCAUGUGAUAGAGUUGUUUCCUGUUGUCUGGUCCUUAAUGGGUUAGAGAAGAAACAAUAUGAAAAAUUGAAAUUUGUGAUUUCUAAAUUCCAAUUUGUUUUGCAGAGGUACAUAAGGGUUUAUUUAUUAAGCAGUGAAAUGAAAACCUGAAGUGAAAAACCUUGCAGCCAUUUUGAAAAAAAUAAUCUCCCAUUUUCUUAAUUCCCUUUAUUGAGAAUGUGUGAUUAACGUUGGCGACUAAAGUAAAGCCUGGUUUUAAGUCAAUAAUGAUUUCUAACUUUGUGGCAUCACUGAUAGAAAUAGGUUGUGAUCAUGUAAAAAAAUAUGCACAUAAUACCAUCAAAGUCAGUAAAUGUAAUUGAUCUGAUAUAGAAGCUGGAUUGUAAUUUACCCUGGGAGAUGGAAGGAGCUGUUCCCCCAAUUCCUCCAAAUCAGGCUUGCCCAGACUCUGGCUCUCCAGAUGUUGCUGAACUACAACUCCAAUGAUUCUAUGAAUUAAAUAGAUAGGCUGAGAAUCAUGGGAGUUGUAGUUCAGCAACAUCUGGAGGGCCAGAGUUUGGGUACGCCUGCUCUAAAUGAACCAGUGCCUCAGUUCCUAAUGUUGGCAUUAAUACUAAGGCUUGCAAGAUGUCACCACUAUAAUUUAAGAAAACGAAAAACAUGAGGAUAUCUUUCGCUAUACAUACAUUUAAAGCCUGAACGUUUUCUUUCUCUGACUAUAUAAAUGUAUUAAGUGUAGCUUUAAUAUCCAAAUUAACUCCAAACCUAUUAUCAGUGUUAGCCUGUAUAUGUGCCUGUAACAACAUUGUUAUUACAUUAGAUGAAUUCGAUUUGUUAAUCAAGGCAAUACUCAAACAAUUAUCAGACCAUUACCGGACUGUGCUCUGGAGUGGUCCAAUGUUUUAAUAAUCUAGGCUAAUACCUGUAAUUUGCAUUAGUGGGUAUUUAAAAAGGUUAUCCAGUUUAAAGAGCAAAGCUAAAUUCAAAAGAAUUUGUCCUAAGAAAGAAUUAUAUCACUUCCACUUUAUGGAAUAAAGUGUACCCUUGUUAAAAACAAUGGCUAAGUCGGGUUGUAGGUAACAAAAUAAUUGAUGUCACAGAAGGGAGAGCUUCUCAUUUACCCCUUCCUGUGGCUACCCUUAAGAAGUGGCAGCUAACCAUUUGAAGAGGCAAAGUGUUUAACCACAUACCUCCUAAUUUCACAUUUAAAUAAAGUUAAUUCAGUUGUGUUAAAAUAUCUGCAUAAGUCCCAUCAUAAAGUUGACUCCUGGUACAUAGGUACUAAAGACAGGGGCAAUGUGGGAAUUUUCAACCUACUGAGAAGUAGAAUUUAAUGGACAGUAAUGAAAUUUCACAGACACGAUUAGCAUACAAAUGUUCCAAUAAUAUCUGUGCACACAGGUUAUCACUAACACCCACUGAGCAAAACUGCACAGACAGCCUUAAUGGAAACCUUCAUAUUUCUGGAGAUCACAUCACUGAAAAAAUAUUGACAAUCACAUUCAGUUUGUGUUAACCUUCUUUUUUUAUUGUGAUGCUCUCUUUUCUUCUAAACAUAUUAUUUAGUAACUGAUACCAUAAUCCAGUCCUGGCAUGGUCAGGGCACACAUAGCAUUUGGUGUGUAUACAUAAACAGAAAAGGGGUUUAAUUUACAAAAUGGACGAGCUCAUUUCCAAAAUAGAACAGUAUGGAUUUCAACAUUUGUUAAACUUAAAUAUAGAGAAUAUGUAAACAUAGGGAAAACACUGGGAAAAUUUAGUUCCAUUCUAAGGGAGGUUCAGAGAUUGGAUACAGUAUGACUAUCUGAGCCCAUUUUAUUAUAGACUCCAUUUUAUUAUAGAUGUUCCCAUAAAGAAAUAAAAUCAAAACCUAACAAGUUAUUCGUCCACCAUUUAUUCAGUUCAGUUUCCUCUGUCUAUGAUUAUAGCAUUAAAUUAUAUUUCCCUUUCUCUCUCUUCUAUUGCAGGUGGGCCCCUAUGCUCUUGUUGUGUGUCUGAUCCUCUGGCUCUUUCCUUCCUACCUCCGUACAGCUGCCAGAGUCAUCGCACAGCCAGUGUGGCGGCCCUUCGAAUGAAGGCGCGAGAGCACUCUGAAGCUGUGCUGCAAUCUGCACAACUUCUGCCCCCUCCAGGGAGCAGCUCAGGGGCCCCAACAACUACACCUCAUGAGGGUGGUCAAGAGAGAGCUCCACAGGGGCAAGAACAGAGUGACAACAAUGAAAAGAACGUAUGAGGAAAUUGCACGGAUGUACAUUGUAUGUGGGGAAAAUAAGCUGGGAACUUUGGCCUACGAAGCCAAAAAGUGAUACCACCGCGUGCACCCUGCAGCAACUGGACCAAGCUAGCUAUGUUUCAAACGAUCUCACCACUGCUUGUUUACACAGAGAUGGCUGACUCAUUCCAGGCUUUACGGAAAAACUUUCAAUCUUGGUUGCCCGAGUUUUGUGUUGAGCAUAAUUUAUGGAAACCAGUUCGACAAAUUUAGCCAAGGACUAUUUAACUGACAUGGGGUGGGGUGUUGGCUCGGAUGCAUCAAAUUUAUAUAAACAGCGGACCCACAGGGAUUUGGAUGACGUCAAUAUGACUCAAGAAGACUGUAGCGAGGAGUGAGAUAAACAAACUCUUAUCUAACCACAAGUCGAUCACAGGGUAGUAUGUUUGUCCAUGCAGACCAAAUAUCAGUAUUGGAAAAAAAUAAAUAAGAAAACAUCCUUAACAGAAACAAAGCCUGAUGGACUGAGAUUCAGCAAGCCCUAUUUAUUCAGUAUAUUUAUGUAUUUAUUUUCUCAUAGGAGGAGACUCAUUUUGCGUUGGGUAUUACAAAAGACAUGAUUAACCAUCUCCAUCACGUAAAACUUUAAACCAUAAACCCUAAAGUCAGUAUUGCAACCAAACAGCAAUCCUUUGCCUCAACAGCAUCUUUGCUUCUAAAGGCCACAUUACCAUCUACGCAUUAACUGCUUCCUUAUCACGUAUAAAAGCUUAUUUGAAUAUAUUUGCAGAGCAUGGCUCCAGCAGUCCCCUAGCUUCUGUAAGGCAACAUGUGAUUACAGAGGCAAUGCGAUUCUCUUGGAUGAAAUUCUGCCUGAAACAAAGGGCUGGUGAUGACAGUGACCCCCUCCUUUAAUUCAUGCUGAGUUCUAUUACAAUAUAUUUACUUCCAUAUGCUUUCUGUAAGGUGAGGUGCCAACCCCAAGUCUGCCAGCAGAGGGAGCUGCUUACCUAAGUUAUCUUUAUGAGCCAACGCCAUGCAAGAGGUCACAUGAUUCCAAUAAAAAUAAAACGUUUAAAAAAAAGGAUGCUACUUUUAACAAAGAUCUCUUUAAAAGCCAAAAUUUGAGGCUAUUUAGUUCUUUCAAGUCUGUGUUCAUUUUCUUUUAAAUUGAAGUACAAUAAUCAAGCCAUUUCCGGUGUUGGAGGUGAAGGGUUUAAGAUUGCAAACUUGUAUUUAGCAGCUGUAAGACUGUGCGCCAUUGUAGAAAUAAAAGUAUUUAAUGCAGAUUAUUUAUACAUCACUUACAAAAUUCCUUGAUCAGAUUCCCUAUUUUCUUUAUGGGGAGGACAUAAUAUACACUGAAAUACAAACUUAUUUUACUUUUCUAAACAUUUUUGGUGCUAGAAAUAAGGACUUUGGAGGUAAAAUAUUCAUUUUACGGAAGCCUAGGGACACAUUUCCCUUGAUGGAAUAAUAUAUGCACCUGUUGAUGUGGAGAAUAGAUAAUGCUAUCUAUGAUUGGUUCCUUUUGAAUCUCUUCACAUGCUAUGAUACAGUGCCUUUGUAUACAGUGGCACAAUGGCUUAUAUAACUGAAAGUGAGAUUAUCAGGCUGCGCAUGCAUGCAAUCCCUGUGCUUUUCACUUGAUCAGUAUUCAAAAGAAUAGAACCCAGUGAGCUCCAGACAUGCAGAUGACACAUGAACCUGUAAAAUCAUCUUACAUGAAAUUUUGAUACAAAGCUCUCUUUGAGGAGGCAGGUCGCUCUGUGUGUACUAUGGCUUUGCUGCUGCUCCUAAAAUGCUUCUGCCCCCUUCUUUAAUUUUUACCUUAAAGGGGC